CUGCCUCUGCCUCCCAAGUGCUGGGAUUAAAGGCAUGCGCCACCACAGCCCGGCGACCGAGUUCUUUCAACGAAGAGCCCAGGUUUUUCUUGGUGGUGGAUCUUUUUCAACCAGAGUGUCCGCGUACGAUGUUCAGGGAGCAUACAAGACCCCACCCAACUGCUUCGUCCAAACGGCGGGCGCUCGGCAGUGACCUCGGACACACAAACUAAACAAGGAGAGGAAACUACUUGCUCCAGAAACCACAACUCCGCAGCGACGCUCGCCACCCCUCACUCCCAACAUCCGGUGGCCCGCCCCGCCAGGAUCUCUUCCGGUUCCGCCCCUUGGGGGCCGGCGCCACGGGCGACCCAGUGUCUCUGCUACCAACUUCCGCGGUGACCCACCCAUCGCGAGAUUUUGGCGGCGCAGCAAUGGCAAGACCAUGCCGCGACACUGCUCCGCCGCCGGCUGCUGCACACGGGAUACGCGCGAGACUCGCAACCGCGGCAUCUCCUUCCACAGACUUCCCAAGAAAGACAGCCCCAGGCGUGUCUUGUGGCUGGCCAACUGUCAGCGGCUGGACCCCAGCGGCAAGGGCCUGUGGGAUCCGACCUCUGAGUACAUCUACUUCUGCUCCAAACACUUCGAGGAAAACUGCUUUGAGCUGGUGGGAAUCAGUGGGUAUCACAGGCUGAAGGAAGGGGCAGUCCCCACCAUAUUUGAGUCUUUCUCCAAGUUGCGUCGAACAGCCAAGACCAAGGGGCAUGGUUAUCCACCUGGCCUGCCUGAUGUCAGCCGGCUCCGGCGAUGCAGGAAGCGCUGCUCUGAAAGACAAGGACUCACAACUCCAUUUUCUCCACCUCCUCGUGCUGAUAUCAUCUGCUUUCCUGUAGAAGCCUCUGCACCUUCCACUCUGCCUGCAUCCCCAGCUGUGAGGCUGGACCCUGGCCUUAACAGCCCCUUCUCAGAUCUCCUGGGCCCUCUAGGUGCUCAAGCAGAUGAAGCAGGCUGUAGUGCACAGCCUUCACCAGAGCAGCACCCCUCCCCUCUUGAGCCACAGCUUGUCUCCCCAUCUGCAUACAUGUUACGGCUGCCACCACCUGCUGGAGCCUACAUCCAGAAUGAGCACAGCUACCAAGUGGGGAGUGCCUUGCUGUGGAAGAGGAGAGCCGAAGCAGCUCUUGAUGCUCUGGACAAGACCCAGCGCCAGCUGCAGGCCUGCAAGCGGCGGGAACAGCGGCUUAGGCUGCGACUGACCAAGCUGCAGCAGGAACGGGCACGGGAGAAGCGAGCACAGGCAGAUGCCCGCCAGACUCUGAAGGACCAUGUACAAGACUUUGCUAUGCAGCUGAGCAGCAGCAUGGCCUGAGAGAGGGACCACACCCAGGCUCUGGCCUCUUUUUCUCAAAGACACUUGACUGGAACUGUAUCCACCAGGCUGGCCAAAUGUACAAUAAAGUGGAUGCUAGAAAGAGA